AUGGACGUGACUAUUGAGAAACUUUCAAAUGACUGUUCUGAAUGGCUUCGUCGGUGCCUUGACCGCUCAGAAGAUGCAGAGGUUCGAGCGGGACUAAGCAAUCGAAUAGCCGAUUUCAACCUCUGGUGCGACGGUAUUGGAGCAAGAGCCAGGUCACGGGGUAGCUUGGACGCGAGAUUUCAGUCGCGACCUGAUGAGACCACAACAGCUCCCUCAGCCUCUGGGCCGAAGAAACUGGCACAUGGAGAUCGAGCCCAGGAGGACUAUUCAGCUAAAGUUAAGACCAGGAUAUCAACAUAUACACGUACUGGCCAGGCGUGCGACAGAUGUAAGGUCCGAAAGAUACGCUGUGAUGCACUUCCAGACGGCUGCUCCUCUUGUACCUCCCAGGCUAUCAAAUGUUUUGUAACUGACCGUAUCUCCGGCCGUACUGAACGACGAGGUUAUCUCAGGGAUCUAGAAACAGAAAAUAACAGUAUGCUGGCUCAUAUUCACGAACUAGAGCAGUUAAUUGCUGAAAAAGGCGUUAAAGUCUGGCCGUUCGCUGCUACUGUACAAUCAGAGACAGGCCCAGCACCAGACGGUACAGAUCAGCCUAUUACUAACCCUAGGGCUUCGGCUCCGCUUGAAGAUGGAUGGGCCAAACAUGGAUCGCUGUGGGUGAAGCCCUCUGACUCGAAGGAUACUCCCUCCAAGCCCUUGUUAGUCCCGAAUUUUCCUCGCAGCCGUCUUGAGUCACGCCCCGAGGAGAUUGUCAUGAUCAAAGGCAUGCUCACUUUGCUUCGCCAAUUCCUGGGGAACUACGAAGAGCUCUUAGGAAAGGCUGAAGAAAGUGAGGAGGCUCUGCGUAAUGUCGACUCGGCCCUCGGAAAUCUCGCAUUACUUGCAAUGGCCAUUCGGCAGACUGGGAAAAGAUCACGGUUAGAGAAAGCAGAUAAGAAGUUUAACCCUGAUGACCAUCUGGCCCUCCGAGACCAUCUGGAAUUCAUCCUCCGCAUACAAGGCUCUCCCGCCGGCCAGAAGUCUACUUGUCUAGACUGGAGGCAGCAACACCUUAUUCGUGCGAACUUGCGGAGACGAAAUCGAUUUGUGCAGGCCCAGAAUCAUUCUAAAUAUUUGAAAUCAAGGCAUGAUAACCAAACGGCCGCCGCACCACGGCAACUCCAAUCUCAACCUCGGUUGAAAGAGGAUAGUUCUACGCCAGAAAAUACGCACCUCUUACAACUAGAAACAAAAUCUCAGCGCAUGUUACAACUUCAAGAGACUACCAGAAGGGAAUCGAAUAAUAAAGAAGAAAAUACUAAGUCUGGAACUUCGGCCUCGGCCCCAGAUAGUAUGUUGGGGUUGGGUUUCGAGCAGGCAAAACGCCCAUCAUCCGGCUCUGAGGGCCCCAGGACAACGACCUGGAACACCAUCUUAGAAGCGAUCACUCUCAGACCUGGCAAUGCCCUUUAUGCGAAGAAUGCCCGCCCACUUUUAGAACGGAGUCGGAUCGAUCACAAAGAUAUAGACUCGGAUGAUCGGCCUGGCCUACUCUCAGUGUCAUUGCAAUAUGGCCUAGGUAUUGAGGCUUGUCCGCUCUGCGGUGAAUCUGAUACAAUCGACUCGCCGGAGCUCAUUGAGCAUGUCCUCGGACACAUGCAUAACUUCUCCCUCCUUAGUCUGCCAUGGGCUAGCGAGACAUUUGAUGCAAGCAUAGAUCAUAGCAUGCGGUUUAAUCCGUCUCACCCGAAUCUUCUGUUAUUUCCCAAACCUAACAGGAAUAUGAAGCUAUCCAUCCAAUCUGAGUCACUUAGGGCUAUUGAUCGCUUGACAACUUGGCUCGAUUCGGAGGCCGUAAAAGUUCCAAGGGAUGUCGUCAACACUGAAAAGAGUCGACAGAUGUUAAUGCAAGAAAAAGUCUAUCCCGUUCCUGAUUUCUUUACAAACCAGACUUAUUUUGCCGAUCAAAGCACGGAUGCCUCCUCAAGGAUUGGCACCGGUGAAAGCCCCUUCAACGGAGAGACGUCACAGGCCCCUUCAAUCGUCAGCGGGCUAACGAGCCCUGAGCAAGCUCGCAAGCUUCCACGCACAACCCAUGAAGUAAAGGACUACGACCCCAAGGAGACCUUCCGAAUUCAGAACAUACCUGUUGAAUUCGACAUCCCAAUUCUCCGAGACUCUUUGUCAAGAGCCCUCCAGCUCAAAGAAAAGAACAUUCAAAUACACUCUUUGUCAUUGGUCAAUUUCAGGUCAAUUCAGGCCUAUCUCACCGCUACCGUAACCUUCGCUACCAAACCGUUUUUCUUCCAUGGGCGAGGCCUGCUUGGAGACUCCGAUGGGAAGUCUGUCGCCCAGAGCUACACACUUGAACUGUGCUACAAUGAAGAUACACUGAAAUACGUCAAACCAGUCCAUAUUGACCAGCACUUCCGCGGAUUUACGCCACUGUCACCCUAUAAAGAUAUAUAG